AUGGACUCUCCCGCGCGCUCGCCGCGCGGGAAAUCGAAGACGACGAACACGACGCGCGUCAAUCCGACCCUCGACGCGCUGGCGAUCGAUUCCGACGACGAUUUAGACGACGAAGACUACCGACCCGGUCCCGCGCUCGGGAGUUUGGAUUGGGAAUUCAACGACGAGAGCGCGAGCGAGGACGGGUCUUUAGGCGACGAGAGCGACGAGAGCGACGGAGUCGAUGACGACGACGACGCGCGCGCGCUGGCGCGACCGGUGCGCGAGUAUUUAGAGGACACGGAGAGCGAUAGUGAUGUGUCGCUGGAGGACGAAGACUUCGACGCCGUGGUGGAAGCGGCGAGCGAGGUUGACGCGGGAUCGCCGCGCAGGGGGAUGGGCACGAUGCAGAUGAUGCGUUUCAGUGGCACAGAUGCCGCGCGCGCGGCGCAGUGGGCGCCUGGUGGUGGUAGACGGCGACGGGGAGGGGCGGCGAACGCGGCGUUUGCGUCGGUUUUCGACGACGAUUCCAGGGGCGCGGCGUCGUUGGGGAACUCGCCGGCGAAGCGCGCGGCGGGGGCGGCAGUAGAUUUAGGGUUCGAUGGAUUCUUCGACGACGACGACGACGAGGAGAUGUUGUUGAACGCCAUCGCGCGGCGUACGCGGGCGAAGACGGGGACGAUAGAGGAGCGCGAGUUGGCUGAGCUCGAGCUCGCGUUGCCAGACGCCGAGCCAGAGUACGAUUGGCUCGAUGAUGGGGCCGAGUACGAUCGUUUUCUGGCGACACUGAAUGAUGCGAGUGUUGAAUUUGGCGAUUUACACCAGCAAUCAGCCUCGGGGCGCGGGACGAACGCGAACGAAGACGAGGACGAAGACGAUGAGAACGACGACGAUUACGCCGACGAAAAUCCCAGAGCUGCAGAAUACGAGUACAUUCUGCGUAGAGAACGCUUAGAUGCGAUCAGACGAGGCGAUGCGAGCGCACCACCGUCAAUCGUGCGACGAUCUGACCGAAUCAGCGAACCAAGCGAUCGCACGGGCGAUGGUAAAACGCUGCGAGAGAAGCGAAAAAGGAGCCGACAGUUGCUUCAAAAAAAUCACAAGGUGAUCGAAAAAUUGUCGUCGAUGACAUCAGCGCAGUUUAAGACGCUCGCGAAACAGAUACACCAACACACGCAACUAUUGUUCCAAACGUAUAGCGUGUGUGCCACGAGAGAAGAUCUCGUGGAAGUGACUAGCGCGACACUCGUGAACAUCACAAUUUUGCAACGCGCGGGAGUGUUGCAAGAUAGGCGCCUGCGCGACGUGAAAAGAAAGAGGCACGCUAAAUCGCUAUACGGCGGCGAUGACGCGCCUUGGCACGUGUGCACGGAAAAGCGAGGCGUGCAAACUGUUCUUGAUUGCGCACCUCUUCGAUGUGCGUUCAAUUUCGUGCACGCAAUGAGCAGACUCGCUUUCGCGCCGCCGCCGAGGUUGUGGAGAAAUCCGGUGCAAAUGUUUGAGAUGACCCACGACGCGACAUCAAACGCAGCUUUCGCACCGAAUUCAGAGCAACACGUACGAGUGGAUGAUUUGUUUAGACCGCACGCGAAGACGUGGACUGAAGUGAUGGACAUGUACGACAAACUUGAAGCGGACAAGCACAUUAAAGAUCCUGUGACGAAACGCAUUAUACCAGUGAGGCUUGGGCGAAAUCGAGCUGAACUCGAACGUGAUCUUUACGUGUGGCAACCGGUGCCACGCGAAGUCUUCGAGUUGACGAAGCGGUUCUUACCGGAAAUAUCUCCUGAUCCGAGCCUUCUCAUCGGGGCUGCGCCGCUGUCGCCGCUGGUUCGGCACAAGUUGAAGGCGAGAUCGAAACACGACAUCUUCACUCCUGCCGAGGAGUGGUUGAUAGUAUUGGGCAUCCGCCGCUACAGUUCUGACUGGCGCACGAUCGCGACGCAGCUCCUCGUGAACGCCAAGCCAACCAACAUACGCGAGCGAGCGCUGCAACUGCGAAAGGCGCAAAUGUACGCGAACACGGAAAUUGGAAUCGCUGUGCGGAGAGAGUACGACCACGCCACGCGAGCGCUGGAUGAAAACGAGAUCAAUAUCAUCGAGCGAGCGUUGAACGAAGUCGAAUGGAAGAGCGCAAACGCGAGAGAUCUGGGCAAGUAUGACAAAAAAUUGUGGGAUUUUGUGUGUUCGCGCUUGAAAGACCGCGUUCCGUUUGCUGUGCACAAGCGUUGGCGAGAUCACGAGAACGCAAGCUCCGGUCGAACGUCUCAGACCGUAAAUCGCGGGCCUAAAUCAGCCGCGACUGCGCGCGGCAAACGUAAAAAUACCGUCGUGCGAGAAGAAAUCGCGGACUCCGCAUCGGAUUCCGACGCCGACGACGUCCCGUUGCGGCGGCGAUUCGGCAUGGAACGCGACGACCUAUCCGAUUCGGAAUGCGAGGACGAUCCGGUCGUUCGCAACCCUUUCACCCAAGUUCAGGAUAACGCCCUCAUUGCCUGCGCUGCUUUCAACGAACCGUUCGAAAGUCUCCUCAAGCCCGGCGCCGCAUGCGAGGGACGCUCGCUCGACGCCAUUCUCAUCCGUUACAACCAGCUCAAAGCUAUGCGUGCGUGA